UCUAGCUCAUACAUGACUUCAGGACUACCGUUACACAAGUUGGGAGACAAGUGGUGAGGUAACAGCCACAGUCCGUAGAGAAAGAUGACGGAAAGCUCCGCAAAUAAGCUGCUAAACGGGGACGCCUGUCACCGAACCUCAAACGGUAAAAGGUCGAGUAAAAAUGGCUUCGUGAAGAACCACUGUGUGUUUCAGCAGCCACAGAGGUACCGUCGCCCCAGGGAGAAGAACCAAAAUGUCACACGCAACUCCAGCCUGUACAAGAAGCCUUUCUCGGAAUCGUUUGAGGAGACGCCCCUUCUGGUGGCCGUGCUCACCUACAUGGGCUACGGCAUCCUCACCGUCUUCGGCUACCUCAGAGACUUCCUUCGCUACUGGAGCAUGGAGAAGUGCAACGUGGCUCAGGAGAAGGAGGAGCAGAAGGAUUUCGUCCCACUCUAUCAGGACUUCGAGAACUUUUACACCAGGAACUUGUACAUGAGGAUCCGAGACAACUGGAACAGACCCAUCUGUAGUGUCCCCGGUGCUAAGAUGGACCUGGUGGAGAGGGCUUCCCACGACUACAACUGGACUUUUGAGGACACAGGCAGAGUGGUGAAGGACGUCAUCAACAUGGGAUCAUACAACUACCUCGGCUUUGCUGAAAACACUGGAGCUUGUGCCGAUGCUGCUAUCGAAGUCACAAAAAAGUACGGCCCUGGAGUGGGCAGCACUCGCUGUGAGAUGGGAAAUCUUGACAUCCACGAGGAGCUGGAGCAGUUGGUGACCCGGUUUCUGGGUGUUGAAUCAUCCUUGGCUUUUGGGAUGGGCUUCGCAACAAAUUCCAUGAACAUUCCUGCUCUCACCGGGAAGGGUUGUCUUAUUCUGAGUGACGAGCUGAAUCACGCGUCGCUGGUGCUGGGGGCCCGCCUGUCUGGUUCCCCAAUCCGGGUCUUCAAACACAACAACAUGAUAAGCCUAGAGAAGCUGCUGAGAGAUGCCAUCGCACACGGGCAGCCGAGAACCCACCGACCCUGGAAGAAGAUUCUCAUUGUGGUGGAGGGAAUUUACAGUAUGGAGGGCUCCAUCGUGCGUCUGCCUGAAGUCAUCGCUCUGAAGAAGCGCUACAAGGCGUACCUCUACCUGGACGAGGCCCACAGUAUCGGGGCCCUGGGGCCCAAUGGCAAGGGAGUGGUGGACUACUUUGGCCUGGAUCCCAAAGAUGUCGACAUAAUGAUGGGAACAUUCACCAAGAGCUUCGGGGCUGCUGGAGGAUACAUUGGAGGCAAGAAGGAGCUGAUCGACUACCUGAGGGGCCACUCUCACAGCGCCCUGUACGCCACCUCCAUGUCACCCCCUGUGAUCCAGCAGAUAAUCACCUCUAUGAAGAUCAUCAUGGGAGAGGACGGGACCACACUGGGUGCUGACCGCCUCAGACAGCUUUCAGAGAACACCACCUACUUCCGCAGAAGACUCUGCGAAAUGGGCUUCAUCAUCUACGGCAACGACGACUCGCCUGUAAUCCCCUUGAUGCUUUACAUGCCUGCCAAAAUAGGGGCGUUUGGUCGGGAGAUGUUGAAGAGAAACAUCGGCACGGUGGUCGUUGGAUUCCCAGCGACACCCAUCAUCGAGUCGAGGGCGCGCUUCUGCCUUUCUGCCGCCCAUACCAGAGAAAUGCUAGACACAGUGCUGGAUGCCGCUAAUGAAGUGGGCGACCUGCUGCAGCUGAAGUACUCCAGACGUGAGCAGCCUCGUCCCUCGCUUGGAUGGAUGUCUGAAGAAAAUCUGUUUCAGGAUUGAGCCACAUCCUCUCACUUCCCCCCGCCCAACUUUACUGUCCCUCCCUUACUUCAUAUUUCCUUGCCUGAUAUCACUGAUCUUCCUCUGAGCCAGUCUCUCAACCUCUACUGGGCCAUAUCACCUCACAUCCCACUCCAAUGGGCUCGCCAGAACCUAAGUCUCAAUAGGUCGCUUAAAAACAUGCACAUUAGCAUCACUCGUUAGCAUGCGUGCAGUCUGUGAACUGUAUGUCCCUCCUAACUUAUUUUUGACCACAACGUCAAGUCUUAUAACUGUGUGCACAUUGAAUGUGUCUGAUUUGUGCAAUAAUAACUAGGAAUGUAUUUGUUAUCAAGUACAUCGAUAUAUGUCACGAGUUCAUACUCGUGCACUUGGAAGGAGAAAAAACGAAUCAUAGCUAAUGCUACGAUGAACACGAGAGGAAAAAAUAUAUAUGUGUAAAUAUUAUGUAUCCCCAUGUUGGCAAUGCUGCCUUAGGGUGGCAUCCCAGACCUCAAAGAGAUACACAAAAUAAUGAAGGAGUAACAUUAGCACAUGUACUCCAUAUGUAUUUAUCUAAAAGGCUUCUUUUUCUACUUUUACUUGAAGAGAGUAUAGAAUAUCGGGGUUCUUUCCCUAACCAAAGGAUGUAUAUGUAUAGAUAUGUUUUGUACCUUUUUCUCUUAGAAAUGCAAUGCAGAUGUCCCACAAGAAAACAUUUAACAGGGGAAGAAUCCCAGGGGAGCAGGAGUAAGGAUCAUUUUUACUGCUUAUUUCCUACAAAUAUUUGUAAGCCUUAUUUACUGUUUACACCUGCACUCAAAAGCCCAGUGUCUUUAACAUUUAUGUAAGCUAAUUAGCUACACGUGUGAUUUAUUUAAAAAAAUCCUUCUCACUCAAGUGCUUUCAUGUGAAUCGGCGCAGAGCACAUUGCCUCGCUGUGACUUAGAUCUGUAUGUAUGACGACGAUGCAGCCAUGCCCGUCUGACUUAUAGAUCGCUUUAUUUAUUUUGAAAUGUCUUAAUCAUCUUAUUUUUGUGAAGGCAAAAAAAGGUUUUUAUCCGGAAGGCAGCUCCAAAUGUGUCUUAGUGUGCGUUUAAACUGAUACGUCUUAGCUUCGGUGCCAGCACUACUGAUAGGCAUUGUGAAUGCACAGAUGAAGUAGUCACUGGAAGAUUUGUACGACUAUGCUUCAAAUGUCAUUGUUUUUGCUUCGUCUUCUGGAAUGACAUUCCAUAUCAACCUGCUUUUAGUGUCAAGUGUUUUAAGUUUUUGUCUGACUUUUCUUGUGUGAGGUCACCCCAAACAUGGCGCACAUGCCACUGUUCAUGUGCGUUUUUUAUGUUCUACCACUAAAUUGAUGUGAAUUGGAGUGAAGCCAGUCAGAAAGCUGGUCAUCGUCUGGCUAUGUGACCAUUCCUACAUAUGUUCAUCAAAGUGAUAAAACUCAAAUCAAGUUUAAACAAGCUUGAGUUGAUGUUUUGUGGCAUUUUAGCACAGCAUGCUAACUGUUUGGGGUUUCUUUUUUACUGUAAAUUCAAUUCAUUCCAAAAUUGCUGUUGUUUUUUUUGAAAUAAUGACUCUGUGAUGCUUUUAAUAAAUAUAAUAUAAAAGGUGGAACACAUGACUAUGAUCUGGAAUUGCACUCUUCAGAAAUAUGCUCUGCAUAAUAAAAAAAAAUCGUCAAAGUUUCCUCUCAAGCUGUCUGAAGCACUAUGCAGCAUGUUAAGUCUAAGUACAUUUCUGCCUAUGGAGGCACAAUUGUAAUUGCAACCAGCAACGUGACUGUUUCUCUCAGCCAGGUUUCCCUCAUUGAAACUGAGGAAUUAAACUCGAGAGAGUUUAUAAAAAUGUUUGGAACUCUUUGAUGUAAUGUUUCCCGCCUGCCUACCACAAAUACCUGCGAACUGACCUGCAGUGACCGCUGGAAACAUGCUUAUCAGUUGCUUUUGCCCUUGGAAUUGUAUAUGGGUUGAAGAUAAACCACUUAGAAGAGUUUGCAAAACCAUGAUGUUUGUUGACCAUGCUGUUGGAAACAGGGCUGCGAAGAUUAAAUCACUUUCUUUGUAUCAA